UCAGAACUGCAAGUCUCUGCCUCGGGUGGCACAGAAGAUGUUGCCAAUUUGUUGGAGAAUCAGUUCUCUGCUGGAGAUGCAAGUCUAGAGGAGAAGGAGAGGGUGCUUUAUGCAGAUGCGGUCCCUCCAGAGAAGACCCUGCUCCUCCAUUUCCCGGAUGGCAGUGAGGCGGACAGCCCAGAGAAGAACUCCCCGGGGGCCUCUCCUAUGGCGGCAGGCCCGGGUGCUGACCCAGAAGCCAGCCUCUCCAGUGCCUCAGCCUUAGAGUCUGCUCUGCCUGGGGAUGAUGCUGGACCUGGGGAGGAAGAAGAGGGCCCACUAGGAGCAAGUGCCCUUCCUCCAGAAGGGAAAGAGGGGCCCUUGGAAGAGAAGCAGCCAGAGCUCAGUCCAGGAGAGGGUCCAGGAGAGGAGGAGGCUGGGAAUGGGCUCCCCAUGGAGAGAGCAGUCAGUGGGGAGGCAGAAGGCCAGGUUGGGAGUGGUGAGGUCCCUGAGGAAGCUGAGGCGGCUCUAGAAGAUGAUCUUGGACAGAAAGCAGCAGCAGGGACAGUGGAGCCUGAAGCUUCGGGGGUCUUUCAUAGUGGAGAGGUCGAGGAAGUCCACAGUUCAGAGAAAGGAGGCAAGGGCAGCUCAGAGCCUGAUCAGGAGCCAGAAGUGCUAGGCGAGGAGCCAGAAGUGCUAGGCGGAGUCCCAGAGGUUGAGUCAGUGGAAGAGCAGUCCAAGGCUGAUGCUGACCCAGAAGCCAGGGCAGGGCCUGAGGACCAGGAGGAGCCAGAGGACCAAGGGAAGCCCAGCCCCAGCCAGGAGGCUGGCGCAGAGUCUGGGAGAGCACAGGGCUCUGAGGCAGGGCAGACCAAGGAGGACUGUCCCCCAGUGGGCCCGCCACAGGAGGUGCUUGUGCAGGGCCCUGAUGAGGCCUCCUCUGAAGAAGAGGGUGACCACAGUGACGAUGGAGACGAGGACGGAAUACCAUCCAAAGAAGAAUCUGAAGAGAACAGUGGCAGUGGGGCUAGUUCAGAAGAAGCAGGAUCUGCUGGCUUGGAAGAAGCCGGGGAGUCCCAGGAAGCAGCAGAAAGCUCAAGCCAUGGGGAGGAGGGAGCCCAGCCCAGCACGGAGGAAUUGAGUACAAGGCCGAAGGGCAUGAAGGCACAGAACGCUGAGGCAGAGGACCCUGAAGAGGGGCAGCAGGGUAGGGGACCCCCACACUUGAUCCUCAAGGGUAGGAGUUCCUUAGAAGCAGCCCUAGCAGUCUUUCAGGAAGUCUCGUGGGCAGAGGGACAGCCAGGGACAGAGUGGGUGUUUAGGUGAAGGCCCUGUCCAGGGGACCUGGCCCAGGGAGGUCCCUUUGGGGUGCUCGUUAGCCAUUUCCUUCAGUUUGGAGGGACUGAGUGCCAGGCUGUGCCAUGGAGGGCCACAGCACCUGGUCACUCCUGAGUUGAGCCCUCGGGAGUCCACCCUGAGGUCUCCUAGAUGCACUCUAACAUGGAUCAGUGCCUUAACCUCAAGGACAAGGGGGAAUAGCAGUGGGGUUUGAGGCCCUAUGGCAGGCUGUUAGAGGGAGGUGCAGGGAGUUGGUGGGCAUGGGGCGAGGACCCCCGGGUGAUCACACUGGUGGGCUGGCACAGUGGGACCUAGAGGUCAGGAUUAUGCUGGGAGGACUGGCUGACUGUGACUGCCGGUGCCCACCUGGUGCAGGGGCAGCCACCUCUCAGGGCUAGAGGAGUGAAAAGGUCAAGGCCAGAGCUACUGGGUGCAUUCCAGAGACUGACCAGGUUCCAGGGAGGGUCAGGGUUCCUCAGAGCCUCAUCCACCAAGUACGGUGACUUGAACCAAAAAGUGGGCUUUCAUACUAGGGGGAUUAGAGUCCAUCCUCCACUUUCCAAGAUGCCUCCCCGACAGGCUUCCUUGCAGGAAUUUAAUUUACAUGUUGAGAAGGAGCCCUGGUGGCUCAAUGGUUAAGUGCUCAGCUGCUAACUGAAAGAUCAGUGGUUUGAACCCACCAGUGGCUCUGCAGGAGAAAGAUGUGGCAUUCUGUUUCCGUAAAGAUAACAGCUUUGGAAACCCUCUACUCUGUCACAUGGGGUUGCUAUGGGUCGGAAUCGACUCAACAACACACACCACCACCGCUUGUUGGGUACUUGCACACU